CCCCGGUUAAUUCCCAAUAAAAUUAGGGCACGGCAGCUGCUGGGGAAGCUAUUCUGCACCACCCUUUCUAUUUCCCUCGAUUCCCAUUCCAGAUUGUGCCAAGUUGCCUUGUUAUAAGGGAUUUAGUUUGGACUCAGGUGUCUUGUGGAGCGAUUGAUCGUUCUCUUCAUGAUGAUUCAGUUGUUUCUUUCGGCUUCUAAUUGGAGCAAUGAUGGGAACGAUGAAUUGUUUGAAAAGAGGAAAGCACUUCUUAGGGAGCUAGAAUCAGUUUUGUGGUUGUUAAUGACUUCAGGGGGCCGUUCUGAAGUUCGACUUUGGCUCUGCAACACUAUUGCGGGCAUAAGUUCAAUCAGUCCCCACCAUCAGCAGGAACUCUUUGUGAGGUUAUUAACAGCUCAUACGGCAAAGCGACGCCUAGCAUCCCAAUUUCUUCAGUUGCUUUUUGAAAAGGAGCCCAAAAAAGCAGGGCGUAUUAUUGCAAAGAAAAGCUCCAUGUUGGAGAAUUUCUUCAGAGGAAACCCGAGGCGGAUCUUGCAGUGGUUCUCUAAUUUUAGUGGGGGCACUGGCUUGGGGCACAGAAAGGGGGCUAAGGCUUUAUCCCAUUAUGCUUUUGUGCAUCGAGAUGUUUGUUGGGAGGAACUGGAGUGGAAGGGAAAGCAUGGCCAGUCACCUGCAGUGGUUGCUACGAAACCUCAUUACUUUCUUGAUUUGGACGUCCAACGCACAGUAGAGAAUUUUCUUGAAUAUGUGCCAGAGUUUUGGUCAUCCAGCGAAUUUGCUGAGUCAUUGAAGGAUGGAGAGAUAUUGAAAAUAGAUAAAAAGUUUUUUGUUAAUAUGUUCGUAAAUUUGAUGUAUAAGGAGGACAUGAAAGAACUAUGGGGCAUCAUAGAUGAAUUUCUAAUUAAGGAACCCUUCUCCUCUCUGUGCCAUCACCUUCUUAUCAUUCUUGAAGAGCAGGAGUUAUCAUACUUUAUGGACUUGAUCAGUAAAUUUCUUAAAUCAAGGUCUGAAGUUGUUGAGUAUGACAGUCCGUCUUUUUGGCUUGAAGUUAUACUAUCAAAGUGCAGUAUUACUUCUAUUGAUCAAUUACUACUGUUAAAUGCCAUGACUAGUCAAGCACGCCAGCUUCUGCGACUUGUUCGUGAAGAAGGUAAUCUGGAUGAAAAAGAAAAAGUUAAGAAUAUAGUUUCUCAGGUUUGUUCUUCUUCAAGUCGUGCUGAUAGUUUGGCUCCAAUUAUGGAUGAAUGGUCCAAGAAGAAAAAUUUAGAGUCAAUAAGAUGGUUAGGAUUGCAGUCUUGGGCAAUCUUUUUUAGGUUGUCGGAGGAAUUUCGGACAUCUGAGUCCUGGGAGUCCUUAUUUUCUAGCAACGGCAUAGGUUUUCGAAAGUCUGACAAGUAUAGAUUGCUAGAAGAUGACGAAUAUUCAGAAGAAAGUGAAUCUGAUUGGGAUGACAGGCCUUCAGGUAAAGUUAGGCAUAAGAAGAAAGGAAGGCAUAUUAAGAAAAGGAGAAGAAAGCAUAAAUUAGAAGAAAGCCAUGGUGAACGAUUGAUAGAUCUGGAUGUGUCAGAUAACGGCCUGGAUUUGCAAUUUAAGGCAGGUGACUGGUUGCUGUCUACUGAUCAGUAUUCUACUACAUGGAGCAGUGUAGACCUGCCGGAACAUAUAUCGAAGCAUUGCUUCUAUACAUGGAUAAAAUUUGUUAUUACCUAAAUUUGGAGACAUGGAUUCUCUCUGCAUGCUGUGUUAGAUUAUUCAGAGUUCUGAUGGGGGACAUGCACUAUACACUAUCUUAUUCAAGUUGGAGAAAUAAGGUGUAAAGGAAUUCAAGUGGAUCAGAAGAUAGCUCUACAUUCUUGGUCAUCCUCUCUGAAUGCCACUUUGUGAUCCUUGGGCUUUCAUGCAUCAAACAGUGUAUCUUUGCUGCGUUGCUUUUCUUCAUUCAUGGAAGGAAUGCUGCUCUCAGGCUGAAGCUCUAUGAACAUCAUACAACCUAUCAUGGCUUGAUGCUCGACAGUCAUAAGCAUUAGUAAAGAAAACAAAUAUCUAGUUUAGGUCAUUUAGUUCAAUGACGGUGCUGUCAUGUUGUGUGGUUUAUUGUACAGAGCUUUAUUAUCAGCUUCAAAGUAGUGAAAAACUAGAUUUGUAUACACAAGUGGGUAUUGCAAAGUUUGUUAUCUUUUUUUUUUUUGGGAUUAUUUCCCGAAUGUUCUGGAUACAGUAACCUCUGACUUCAACUUCUUACAUCGUCAUUAUUAAGGAAAAUUAAAAGAAUGAGAAGGAAGAAAACCCGUUAUCCCUC